UUUCUUUAUUUUUUUCCUUCUAUUAAAAAUUUACACAUUUUUUACCUUCGUGAAUGCUGAAUUUCAAUGAAUUAUUUUGUAAAUAAUGGAAGGCCAACAUAGGGAUUUUCGGAUAUUAUACUUUUCGGAUGUUUCGAUAUAAAACUGAAUGUUAAAACAAAUGUCUAAAUUCAAUGUAGAUCAGUAUCAAACCGUUUUUACUAACGUCAAUCAUGUGAAUAUUAAAUUGACAAUUUGAAUACGGAUGAACACUUAAUUUCAUCCUAUCAAGUGAAAUUUGGAAUUGUCAAAUCAGACAGUUAUUCACCAGUCAAUUGUAAAGACGGCCCCCCGGGUUUUGGUAAUAGCGCGGGGACUUUGACUUUCAGUGCAGCCAAUCCCAGCUGAAAUGCCUAGUCCACCUAAAUGGCCGUCAAUGAGUCUUUUGACAAUUUUCAGACUAUGGCAGACUCGUUACAGGGAUACACAUGAAAUGUCAAAUUAAUAAAAAAAAGAACCUGAUCGCUCAUUAUUGUAGCUAGUGAAAUGCCCAUCCUUUAGGGUCAUAGUGGCGGGCAAAUCCCGGUCAAAUGCCCCUGCACCACGGGUACAUCCUGUAAUGCACCAGUCAAUUGUAACCACGGCCCCCAAAGGUCCGAAGGUGUACCGGGGAUAGCCGAGGAAAUGGACGUGUUUUGACCUUCCCGGUGGCCCCGCAGUGCCGGGUGAAUAUGGUGGUUUUGUAUUUGCACCAAAUUUAGCAGGUGAUGUGCCUUGUGCACCAGUCAAUUGUAACCAAUUGUAAGCGGGGAUUUUACAAUCAGUUUUUACCCGGGCUUGGCUGGACCGAAAGUCAAAGUCUCCGCUAUUCCCAGGACCUGGAGGGCCCGUAGUUACAAUUGACUGGUGCAUUACUUAGGGUCCUUGGGAUGCAGGGGCAUUUGGCGGGGAUUUUACCAUCAGUUCGUCCCUGCAGGACGGAGGUUUUACCCGGGUUUGGCUGGACGGAAAGUCAAAGUCCCUGCAAUUCCCCUGACAUGGAUGGGCUGUGGUUACAAUUGACAGGUGCAUAAUUUGAAAUUGGGAGGAAUCAGGAUGAGGCGCCAUCUUUUUUAAAUAUCUCGCUUGGUCUCAUUAAAAUCCGGGGAAAGCUUUGCUACAACAGGUUUUCAUGACAGAUCCUGUUAAAAGAGCAGAUAUUUUCAGGCACAAAGCCAAGGCCCAUUCCCCGCUAUUUUUGGCUCGAAAACAAAACCACUGCAUUCAUUCCGCACAUCAGCACUGCGGGACCUCCUGGAAGGAAAAGCACGACCCAUUUCCCCCUGUAUACCCCUGGACCUUGGGGGGCCAUGGAAAGGCUGUUGUACUAGAAUGAACAAUGUCAGGCUCAAAACUUACAGCAGAGCAGCUGCAAAGAAUAGAAGAGAACAAGAGAAAGGCACUGGCCAAACUAGCCCAUAAAAACAAAUCUUCAAAUCCUUACCAGAAACAAAUCACACAGUUUCAAAAUACUGAAAGAAUUGUACAAGGAACAAGCUUCGGACAACCUCAAAGUUCAAAAAGCAGUAUGCAAGAGACUGGUUCAAAAGUACUCUUAGCUCCAAAUACUCAGAUAAGAGAUGAAGCUAAGACCUCUCCAUUUUGUAAUGGUAACAGUGUAAGUGGUGCUAAAACUAAAGUGGAAAGUAAACAAGAAAACAUUCCUAGCAAUAUUUCUGCUGUACCUGUGUCUUCCAAUUUACCCAAAUCUAUUACUACGGAUGCAGACAGAAUUGAACAGAACAGACUUAAAGCACUGGCGUUGAGGGCUGAGCGCCUGAACAAAAGCCCAACUAAGCCACCAGACAAUGUUAUCAACUUGCCUCCAAAACCAUUAUGCAAUACAAUCUCCUCUGAAAAAAUAAUGUGCCCUCCCGGUCAUUCUGAUAGCAAUCCACUCUGUUUUCAAAAUCAAAACAAUAUGCAAGGACUAAUGUCAUUUCAAAAAGGUACUAAUGUAUUUGCUAAUGCAAGUGCUCCUGGUCAAAGUUUAAGUUUCAAAGGAACACCAGUAAAGGGAGACUGUGUGCUAGUUGCAAGGGACAGGUUUACUGUGAAAGCAGGCUACAGUGCACCAUUAGUUCAGCUGAUCAAGAGUAUGAAUACCAGACUUUAUGAUGCAGUCACCAAAUCCUGGUCAAUGGGACUUUCUGAAUACAAUAAAUUUAUGUCACAUGUGGUCAACCUGAAGCCUGCAGUGGUUGUAGAACCACUUCCAAAGCCGCUGGUCACGGCAUUUGCUGCGCAGAUCAAGGGAGACAACUCAUCAAGGGAGAUUCCCAUAGCAGACCUCUCCAGGGUGGAGGAUUCACUUGUCUCAUCCCUAAUGUCCUUUCAGAGGACGGGUGUAAAUUUUGGUGUGUAUAAGAAUGGUCGUGUUUUGUUCGGCGAUGACAUGGGUCUUGGUAAGACAAUCCAGGCGAUCUGUCUGUCGAGGUAUUACAAGGAAGAAUGGCCUCUCCUGGUCGUGGUGCCAUCAUCAGUCAGAUUUGACUGGUCUCAGCAAUUUCAGCGUUGGAUCCCGACCCUGAACCCUCAGACCAUCAAUGUGGUAGUGACGGGCAAGGACAGCUGUACGUCUGGGCUCAUCAACAUACUCAGUUAUGAUCUUAUGGCCAGAAAAGCUGAGGAACUCAAGAAGAAAAUGUUCCAGGUCAUAAUAAUGGAUGAGUGUCAUCUCCUGAAGAACUACAAGACGGCCCGGUGUAAGGCAGCCCUACCCCUGCUCCAGGCAGCUAGGAGAGUGAUUCUACUCAGCGGCACGCCGGCCCUAUCACGACCCUCGGAACUGUACACCCAGAUCACCGCAGUCUGCCCAUACCUCUUCAAAUUUCAUGACUUUGGGGUGCGUUACUGCGCUGGUAAACAGGAGAAAUGGGGCUGGGACUUCACUGGCUUUUCCAACAUGGAAGAACUACAGAUACUGCUACAAGAAAAAAUCAUGAUCAGGCGUUUGAAGAAGGAGGUUCUCACAGAGCUGCCAGACAAGAUCCGACAGAUGAUCCUCCUGGAUCCGUCAUCCAUCAGGGUCAGCAAGGAGCUUAAAACUGCCUCCAAGGUCAUGACCUCUGCCAACCUGAAGAAAAAGGAUGAACAAGGAGCGUUGUUGGAUUUCUUCCAUAAGUCUGGGGCAGCUAAAAAGAAGGCCAUAAAGAUGUACGUUGAAGAUAUACUUGAAGGGGAGAGAAAGAUUCUCAUCUUUGCCCAUCACGGUGAUAUCCUGGACGCCAUUGAGGGGACUGUUAGGGAAAGGAUUGGCAACAACUACAUGCGAAUAGAUGGUAAGACCAACUCCGAACAGCGUAACUUUUCAUGCCGUAAGUUCCAAACCAAUGAGGACAUGAGGGUAGCCAUCUUGUCCAUUACAGCAGCUAACGCGGGCCUGAAUCUCUCCAGUGCUAACCUGGUGGUGUUUGCGGAGCUGUUUUGGAACCCUGGGAUCUUGGUUCAGGCUGAGGACAGGGCACACAGGAUCGGUCAGCAAGAUUCAGUCCUUGUCCAGUAUCUAGUAGCCACAGGGACGUCAGAUGACCAUAUAUGGCCAAUGAUACAGAAGAAGUUGGAUGUCCUGGGUAAAGCUGGCCUUACCAAGGAUAACUUUGCCUCUGCUGAGACCACAAGACUUACAGACCAACGACAGCAGGAGAUCACUCAGUUCCUGGAUGAAUCGUUUCAUAUUGAUACUAGCUUUACCAAGGAUGACACCAUGGAUGAUGCCAAGCCUUCCACAUCUCCUAGAAAAGUGGUUAGACAGCAGAGUAUCUUGAAUUACGUAUCACCUAUGAAAGCAAAUUCCAGCUCAGCAAAAGUUGAAAGCCAGGAGCCAAAACUGAAACAGACCAGCCUAUUUUCAUCAUAUUCAAAGACAAAAUCCUCACAAAGUGGUGGUGUAAAUAACAAUGAAGACUCUGAAAAGCAGAGGUCAUUCUCAGAUGCAGAGUUAAGGUCAUGUAAAGCUUGUGGUCUAGUGGAAGAAAUAAACCAUUACUGUCAUGGUAACUUGGAUGACCUUAACCUUGAUACCAGUGACCUGGCGGAUGAAUUUUUGAAUGAUGGAGACAGCUGGGACUUGGAACCGGUAUGCAAAAAGAAGAAAGUUUAGUUGUAUCAAACUGGAUUUGUAUGGGAAAUUGAUAAAAAAUCUAGAUUCUUGAUGUUUAAACAAGGGCAUUAUGUAAGCAUUAUGGAGUUGUAGUAAAUGGUCAGUGCUUCAAACGUAGAUAUAUUACAUUACUUACCAGAAUAAUGAUGAAGUGUUAAUUAUGAAGUGUGAAGGUUAUGUUCUGUGCAACUGAUGGACCACCCCAUAAGAUAUGGUCAUGUCCAAAUUUCUUGGCAUUUGAAGAAGCAAGUCUUUCUAAUCAAAACAUACCAAGUUCAAGUUCAUUAUUUGUUUUCUAGAAAAACUGUUUUUAAAUUUUAACUGCUGUGAUAGAAACAAGAUGUUUUUCUAUAUACAAAUAUUACAUGUAUUUUUUUCAGUUCCUUGAUAAAAGUGUUACUUUGUGAGUUAUUGUUUGAAUGUAAGCAGAUCAACAUGUGGUUAUUGUUGGUGACACCCCUUUGCAGCAUUCACAUUUUUAACAACUUGCAUUGAAGGAUAUAAAGGAUUGUAUUUCUAUACACUACAUUUAUUUACUGUAUGUACACAGUAUGCUAUUUCUAUAACAUUUGCUGAAAAUUGUGCUAGAAGAAAAACUUUUGACGUUCAAGAUUUGUUGACAUGUGAACAAAAAUAAUGAUAAUGUUUCUGUUAUUUAAAAAUGCAUGUAAAUAAAUGUUUUGAUUUGUUGGA